AUGCCGAAGCCACCGUCCGAUAAUGGUCUGUGUGAUUUGGGGAGCGCGUCUGAUUUAUUUGGUGGUCACUUUUAUGUUGGGAUAGUACAGGUGGUAGCCGAUUUUCUCAAAGGACACCUUAAACUCGGGCUUGGACGACUCGGUGGCAGCCUUGAGAACCUGGCUGAACGCCAAUUGGACCGCGAUGUUGGCCUUUUUCAGCAGCUUGACUUCGUCGAGAAAAGCCUCGGCCAUGAACUUUGGGUACUGCAGUUUUGCAACCAUUGCCUCGAAUCGCCGCAAGUCCAGGUUGACUCUGUCUGCUCGUUGUUUCAUGAGCACCCUUUCGUAGUUGGCUCCACUUCCUUGCAACGAGCCAUGGAUCCACACGUUUUGUCUCAUGAUGUGCUGGUAUUCGGAGUAUGGAAGCAGUUGAGGAAUGCCGAUGGUCUGAUACGACUUGAACUGCAGAUUGUAAAGGAUCUCUUCAGACACCUUGCACAGUUUAGGGAGGCCCAACAGCCCAAAUCUCUGGAGCAAUCGGAACAAACAAACGCGGGACUCUGUAAGGUUUUUAUGGAUUUCGUAUUUCACCAGUUGGAACUCGAAAUAACGUUCCAUCCGCUCAAACUGGGGCAGAAACUCCUUAUCGAUCUCGUACUGUUCUCUAAGCUUGUUCUUCUUGUCGCCCUUGGCCUUCUUGAUGCGUUUCGAGUAGUUGUUGAUCUGUGUUUGGCGGAGCCGGUUCAGGUCCAAGAGUCGGUGGAUAUGCUGGAUCAGAUGCUCCAGCUGGUUCCCAAGCUGCCAGUAUCCCAGAUGCAGCUCGCGGGGGUCUUUGUACAGGUCGAGUUCGAUCGAUUUGAAGAGCAGGUCGGCCAUCUUGGACAGCUUCAAAUAGUAGACGAACGAGGCAAGCGGCAUGGCUGGGAGUUCUGA